AGGGGUGGGUUCGGCGAAGUGUAUCAAGUGAAGCAUAUUAUAGAGGGGAAAGUGUACGCAGUUAAAAUUGUCAAGUUACUUGACUCUUAUGAUGAUAGCAAACGACAGGAUAUACUGAAAGAAGUGCAACAUUUAGUUAAAUUAAAGCCGGAAUAUGUGGUUAAGUAUCGCAACUCAUGGAUUGAAGGAAAUCAUCUGUACAUUCAAAUGGAUUGUUAUCCACAAAAUCUACAGACAAUUAUCGAUAAUAAAUCCAUUGUCUUUAAGAGAGAACCGGAAGAGCCGAUGAAAGUCUACGAAUAUUUUACAUGUUGUGAAAUAUUUAGAGAACUCUUAAAAAGUGUACAGUAUUUACACGACUCGUGUCCACCGGUUAUCCAUCGGGACCUCAAACCGGAAAAUGUUUUGAUUGCACAAAAUAGUAAUAAUAAUCGGUUCAUAAGACUUAGUGAUUUUGGUUCCGCCACUUUCCACGACAUGACAAUGACAUCUAUGAGUCAUACUUGUAAUGUCGGUACAGCACAAUAUAUGGCACCAGAAGUAUAUAAGUCCCUGUUCCUCAACUGUAAAUUGAAUAAUGACUGCGUUUCCACUGAUGAUAGCUUAAGAAAUAAAUCACGUGAUCGAUUAAACAUACCUCUGGAUAUAAAUAGUAAUGCUGCUGUGAUGACAACAAUUAAUGACAAUUGUGGGGCCGAAUGGGUAGACAAUCAGUCGGUCAGAGAUGUGGCCAAACCUAUUGGUAAUAUUAAUCAAUUGAGUGCUUCGAUUGAGAAUAUGGCCCAAAAUGAGGGAACGGAAGGGAAAGUGAGUGUCGGAGAGGAGGGAAACACACAUCAGGAGAGACAGACACCGGAAACGAGACAUGAGAUGGCAAUAACUGAAAUGACAGACAAUGCUAUAGUAGUGGCAAACUAUGAAGCUAUCAAUUAUAACGUAGACAUGAAUAGUAUUAAAUUAUUUCACGUUUUCGAUGACAAAAAGGGCUAUAAUGUAUUGUUUGCAACAAACGAUGAUAUGGUUUACGGCAUGGGAUCUAAUUAUUACGGAUCACUCGGUUUGGGACACAAUAGGGCUGUCAAUACACCACAUAUUAUACCGGAAUUAUGUCAACAAAAUAUUCAACAAUUUAUUUGUGGCAAAGAUUUUGUUUUAUUCAUUAAUGACCAAAAUUGUAUACACGGUUGGGGCCGUAAUGAUAGGGCACAGUUAGCCCGACCACUCAGUGAAGAUUGUGGUUAUUAUCACUCACUUGUGGUCACCGGUGAUGACUGUGUCUACGGAUGGGGUAAUAAUAAUGAGGGAAAGAAGGGUUAUGCUACAUGGUACUUAGGAAUAAUAGCAACUCCAAUGAAAAUACAAUUCACAGAAAAAUGGGGGAGGGGUGGGUUCGGAGAGGUAUAUCACGUGAAGCAUAUGAUUGAAGGGGAAGAGUAUGCGGUUAAAAUUGUCAAGUUCCUUGACAUUUAUGGCGAUCACAAAAGACAGGAAAUAUUAAAAGAAGUGCAAAAUUUAGUUAAAUUGCGCUCAGAUUUUGUGGUCAAUUACCGCAACUCAUGGCGUGAAGACAAUCAUCUGUACAUUCAAAUGGAUUAUUAUCCACAAAAUCUACAGACAAUUAUCGAUAAUAAGCACAAAGUCUUUGAGAGACAAACGGGAAAACCGGUGAAAGUCUACGAAUAUUUUAUUUCUUGUGAAAUAUUUAGAGAACUGUUAGAAAGUGUUAAAUAUUUACACGACUCGUGUCCACCGGUUAUCCAUCGGGACCUCAAACCGUCAAAUGUAUUGAUUUCACAAAAUAAUAAUAAUAAUCGGUUUCUAAAACUUUGUGACUUCGGUUCCGCCACUUUCCACGACAUGACAAUGACAUCUAUGAGCCAUACUUCUAAUGUCGGUACUUCACAAUAUAUGGCACCAGAAGUAAAUCAGUCGAGAUAUAGCAUUACGGCUGACAUCUAUAGCCUGGGAAUGAUUGCAUUUCAUUUGUUUGAUUUGUUUAAUAUAUCAUCUGACUAUAAUCCUAUGGAAAUCUAUAAUCCAACCUUGUAUUCAAUCGGCCGACCAGUGGUCGGGUACUCGACGAUUACAACUACUGUCGAGAAUAUGGGCCGAAAUGAAGGAACGGAAGGGAAAGGAAGUGUCGGAGAGGAGGGAAACACACCUCAGGAGAGACACAAACGGGAAGAGAGAAACCAAAGCCAUGUUUCAAUUGGUGUUACUUCAGGACAUAAAUCACGUGAUAUUGAAAGCGAUAAAACGGAUCAAUUGUCGACACGAGUGAUGAGUGGUUCGGCCGCCGGUGGAGACAAACACACAGUUUCUAAAGGAAACGCCAGUAAAUUAAGGGCGAAAUUUGAAAGUAUGGCCCAAAAGGAGGAAAUAGUUGUUAAACGCAGAGCCGAUGAGGAGAGGGACAGACGUCUGGAGCGCGAGAAACACGAGAUGAAGGCCGAGGAAGAGAGACAACAAGUGGUGACUAAAGCGGCGGUUAAUCUCGAGUCCGACGCAGAGAAUCAAAGACCGGAUUUCGGGAAAACCGCGAAACCGAGUAAUAAUAGCGGUUUGCCGACAGGACUGACCGCUACGGCUCUGUAUAAUUACAAAGCGGUCGAUACCAAUCAGAUUAACAUUAAUUGUAUUCAAUUAUUUCACGUUUUCGAGGACGAGAAGGGAUUCAAUGUAUUGCUUGUGACAAAUGAUGAUAUGGUUUACGGCAUGGGAUCUAAUCAAUGGGGAACACUUGGUUGGGGCCGUAAUUAUAGGGCACAGUUAGCCCGAUCACCGACUGAUGAUUAUUUGAAACCAGUCGUCAUUUCAUUGCCUAAAAAUCCUGUUAUCCGUGAUAUUAGUUGUGGUGAUUAUCACUCACUUGUGGUCACCGGUGAUGACUGUGUCUACGGGUGGGGUAGUAAUUUAUUUGGACAGACGGGUUGUGAGAAACAGCACUCGACUGAAUGGGAAAGUUUUGGUUUCGAUUCUUUGCCCCUAUCUUUGCAUUAUAUCUAUGUUUCUAUAGGUUCUAACCAAAUGUCGAACUUCUUUAGCAAUAAUUUUGAGAAAUUGCAAACUAUAGGGAGGGGUGGGUUCGGUGAGGUAUAUCACGUGAGGCAUAAAAUAGAGCAAGAAAUAUAUGCGGUUAAAAUGGUCAAGUUUGAUGUAACUAAUGACAAUUGUAAGCGACAAAAAAUAUUGAAAGAGGUCCAGAAUUUAAAAACACUUCGCUCUGAAUUUAUGGUUAAUUACCACAACUCAUGGCUGGAAGACAAUCAUCUGUUCAUUCAAAUGGAUUAUUAUCCACAAAAUCUACAGUCGAUUAUCGAUAAUAAGCACAUUGUGUUUGGGAGACAACCGGAAGAGCCGAUGAAAGUCUACGAGUAUUUCAUUUCUUGCGAAAUAUUUAAAGAACUGUUAGAAUGUGUGCAGUAUUUGCACGACUCGUGUCCACCGGUUAUCCAUCGGGAUCUCAAACCGUCAAAUUUCACACAGUUCAUGUUCACACAAAUCAUUAUUUUUAAGGAUAUUUCGAAGGGAUAUUUAGGCAUC